GUGUCGAAUUUAAUACAAGAGUUUUUAUCGGAUUUUAUGACAAAAAAACGAUCGAUAAAUAUUGAAGAGGAAGUGUUGCUUAAAGUGUUUGAAUUAGGAGAUGGCCUACAAUUUUAUACACAAAGUAUCGCACAAAUGGUUAAUAAAAGUAUUGUGAUUAACAAUGUCAGCCAUUUGUUAAAAAUGAUAUCUUCUAGAGAUAAUAACUCAAAACAAUUUUAUGUCAUAUACUGUGAUAAUGAAGUCCAAUGUAGACAAUUGUGCGACGAGUUAGGUCUCGCAAAUUGUUUGCCACAUUUGAUUAUACCUAACAUUGGAGGAGUUAUAAAGUUCUCUAAACGUAUGGGUGACACAAUUAUUUUUAUCAAUACUUCUCACAAAUAAUAGAUCAAACAAAUAACAAUCAAAGCAAACGCCAAAUCAAAAAACAUUUUUUUCAACAAAAUC